UUUUCUAUAACCGCUACGCGACAGCGCAUUCAUGACAUAUUUUUCUGACAGUAGCCACGCAGAACAAGCAAUAUAAUUUACUAUAGUGCACAAGAAUUGAAGCUAAUUUGCAGUAGGAGAAAUAAGGAAUUCAUACAGCCAAAUCUGAAUAGCCAAUCGGUACGCACAUGCGCUACAGAACCUGGUUUUCCACAUCUUCUGUUUGCUGGCAUUUAGAAAAAAAUUUAUUUCGAAGACACCAGAACGUGAAACGUUUUCUACGAUACCUGCCUCUGAGAUGGGGGAUCAGCAAGACGGCUCCCAGGACAGUGACGAUGCGGACAUCGCGGUUUCUCUCGGUCCAGCUUCUCAGGGCCUCCAGACAGCCUACCUUGUCAUCAGUCUUAUCGUGAUAGUAGCCGCCAACUUGCUUAUUAUUCUCCUUGUGUGCAGAAAGGAAUAUCUCCGACAGCCUCGCUACUUCUUAAGAUGCCACCUUGCCGUCAAUGACAUCCUCCAUGCACUAGUCAUAAUACCGAGAUACCUCGAUCUCAUCAUGCAAAGCAACAGCCGGUUUUACGGUAUUUCCUGUUCGGAUGUACGAAUAUUUACCUCCGCAGUCGCACUGUCAAAAUACGGUAUCUAUCUCCUGAUGGCUAUAGACAUCUACUAUUUCAUAUGUUAUCCCCUGCAGUACGAGACAAAAGUCACCACAUCACGUCUGGCUAUAGGCAUGGUUCUUGUUGACACAUUUUCUUUCAUCUGCACUUCACUGCCACUGAUCCUAGUCAGAGAUGCAGGCGAUAACGUCUCAUGCCUGACCAAGACAAGAUCUUUUCAACCUGCUUUUGUCAUCAGAAUCAUCGGCAUGGUUGCACAGGGUUUAUCAGUGCUGGUUAUUAUCGGUCUGUACUUCAUCGUUUUGAAGGAAGCGAAGCGCCAACAGGAAAGGGAUGAACAGCGACCAGUGAAAUUCUACAAGACCAGAGGCUUCAAGACCAUGGCUCCCCUUGCUAUACUCCUGACUACCACAAUAGUUUCUACCCUGUUUAUGACUGUUACUGUGGCACAAGGUAACGCGAGGGAUGAGCAGCCGUCUGUGGCAGUUGUGAUCUUGGAAAAGGCGUCCAUUCUUCUCAACCUGACUCUGUCGUCCAUGCUGAAUCCCAUCAUCUACAGCCUCCGGUUGCCUGAGUUCCGCCGCGCGAUGAGAGAGAUGUGUGGGCGGCGUCCAACGGCGGUGGCCCCGGCAGUGCCGACUAGUCAGCGGCGGGUACAUGUGAUCGAGGUGCGGGGUUGCGACUCGGCUUCAAACGCUGGGGUUGGUCUGGAUUCGACAGCAUCAAACGCACGUGAAUGUGCCACAGUUCUGGGGUCUGAGAGAGAUGUGCGGGCGGCCUCCAACGGCGGUGGCCCCGGCAGUGCCGAGUAGUCAGCGGCGGGUACAUGUGAUCGAAAUGCGGGGUUGCGACGAGGCUUCAAACGUUGGGGUUGGUCUGGAGUCGACAGUAUCAAACGCACGUGAAUGUACCACAGUUCUAGGAUCUGCCAGCCCGUGACUUCGUACAACCAC